UAGAGUUAGUUGCCUGGGUGCCCUGGUCCCUGACACACACCAGUGCGCCCAUUCAAACAUAAAAGCUACCAGAGAAUUUCUCUCUCAUCCAAUCAUGGCUCCAUAUCUCCUCCUUGUCCUGCACAUUCUUUUCUUCCUCACUGGACUGUCAGGUAUUCACGGUGUGUCCACAGUGAGUCAUGUGUCUGUAAGUGAAGGAGGCUCCAUCACCAUCCCAUGUCUCUAUCAUCAUGGCUCUGAAAAACAUGUGAAAUACUGGUGUAGUGGAUAUUUUUUCAAUUUUUGCUCUACUCUAAUACGUACUGACUCUCAGAGUGCAUCUAAUUGGUUGUCCAUUGCUGAUAAUGUUACUACAAGAGUCUUCACUGUGACCAUGAAGAAUCUGCAACUAAGGGUCUCUGGAUAUUUCUGGUGUGCUGUGGAGAAAGGUGACACCACACAUCUAUAUCUGUCAGUUGCCACAGGUACUGCAGGACUCUAUGUGGACCAACAACAUGUGACUGGAGUUGAAGGACAGAGUGUCACUGUCAAUUGUAACUAUAGUAACUCUGGAGAUUUCUGCUGGUGCAGGCUGGGUGGCUCUUGCGUGGAGAGGACUGUUGGGAAUUUAGAUGGAGCAUCAGUAGCAUUAAAGCGGAUUCUUGCCAAUGGAAAAAAAGUUAUGAUCGUAACGAUGAGUCAACUAAAAAUGAAGAACACUGGCUGGUACUGGUGUGCAGUUGGAGAUCUACAGAUGCCUGUUCAUAUCACUGUUAACCAACCAACCACAACACAGAGUAACACAACCACCACAAACCAGAACAAUGGGGGAACUGACGAGAAGCGACAGGAAAGGAUCCAGAGUUUGCUGGUUGUCCUGCUCAUUCCUCUGAGCCUGUUGGUGGUGGUGAUAGCUGCUACCUUGGUCACAUUGAAGAUGUUGAGAAAACAAAAGGAGAAGAAGGCAAAGGACCAACCAGCAAACACCACAGUACAGUCUGCUGACUCUGAGCAGAACAUAACCUACAGUACUGUGAGUCACACCAGAGGAACAGCACAACAGGGCCUAAACCCUGAGAGCCACGGUGACUUAUACAGCACUGUGAUUCCUAUGCAGCACAGGACAGCACAAAGGGAAGCAGAACCAGGUGAUGUGGUCUACAGCACAGUGGCUGCACACCAAAGAUAGCAGGAGGCAACAGAACAACAGAGACUGAGUGAAGUCCCUCCAAAUUACAAAUAGGCCUUGUUCCAUUUUGCUCCCUAGCUCUCACCUCUUUGGGGGUUACUGAUCUGGAAGGACUGAAUAAGACUAAUGCCUGUCUAUCACAGUCUUGUUCUUUUGCAUUGUGCAGGCUCUGCUGGCUUAAUUAUGCCAGUGAUUGUGUAUUCUAGACAAAGGCAGAUUAAUUGAGUGCAAUUUUAGAUUUUCUGUUGUUUAAUGUACACACUGAUCAUGUGUAAUUCAAUGCUUCAUAUCUGAAAUAAACUACUUUAACGAGAAACUUACCUGAAA